AAAGAAACUAUAAACUAUAAUUUUUGCUAUAAAUAGUAAGGCAUCCAUCAAAAUAACAAUAAGUUCCUACAAUUCUCUUAACGAACUACUACAAACUACCAAAGCAAAAAUGAAAUCUAUGUUUUGUUUGACCAUCUUGGCUUUUGCCGUUGCCUGCGUUUUGGCCUGUGAUCCCGAUGGCAAUAAUCAGCCAGAAUGUUCCAGCAGCAAUUUGAAUGCACCCAUUCGCAAUUUCUGGGAUCCCACUCACUACUGGUUGUGUAAAUCUGCUGGUGCUGCCCCUGAAUCUAUACGUUGUCCCGAUGCUCAAGGUUUCGACUCUGCUAAGGGUGCAUGUAUCCCAUUCGAAGAAUGGAAAUGGGCUGAACCUUGUCCCGAAGCCGCCGCCGCCUCUAACUAAAAUGAUCUUUUACACUUAAUUUAAACCAAAAAAAUCCAAAAAUAAAUAUGUAAAGCAAAUUAUUCAGUUAAACAA